CAUAAUGCUUUGCGCACCUCGUGAUUUCAAGAUGGCCGCUGUUCAGUCAGUGAAUCCUCCCAUGUACAAAUUACCGGUGUUGUAUAAUAAUUCAAGCCCUUUAGAUCUCCCUACUUGUAUGUAUCAAAUGAGUUCUUGCCAUUAUGAAGAGGUUUCUGAUGGUAACGAUCAACGAGAAGAUAUCCUUACGUUAGAGAAUAAACAAGAGAAUAUCCUAAGAGAGUUGGAAGUGCUUAGAACCGAAAUCAAUGGGCUGGCUUCAAAACUUGAAGUUAAACUUCCAACAAAAAGGAGUCCAGUAUCUGUGGACUAUGUCAUAUCAGCAUCUCCACAAGACCCGCCAUUAUCCUUAUUCCUCUUGCAGCGUAUCAUGAAUCAAAGGAAUAUGGUUCAUUGUGCAUCUACUUUUCUCCAUUCAAGUGUUUCUGUUUGUGAUGUGACUAAAGUGCCUACAUUUCAAAAACCUAGGAAUGACCGGGGUAGACAAUCACCUUGUUUGCUGACUGUAGUCUGGAAAAAUGUUCCUGAUCUGCCGUAUCUUGUAAUCUCAUCAAGUCACACACCAUUGUUUGGUGAAUUUACCAUAGCUCGCCAUUUAAGCCGUGCUUGUCUUCCCGAUCUAUACAGUAAAUUUGGUAUCGAUGAGAUUGCUCACAUCGACCACUGGAUACACUUUGCAAGCAAUUCCAUUCUGAACAGCAAGAGUAAAGAGAGAGCAGAUGCUCUGCACACUUUGAAUUCCUAUCUGAAAAGUAAGACCUGGUUAGUGGGGAAUCAAAUGAGUCUUGCUGAUAUAGCUGUAGCCAGUGCUUGCCUUCAAGUAGGGUCCUUGCAGCCUACAUUUGGCAAUGUCAAAAAAUGGCUUGACAAUUUCCCAUCACUACAGUAGACUGUCUUCAGCAACAAUGAUAUGUAUUAGUAUCAUAAGCAGAACAUAAUUUAUAGAAUCUAGAAUGUUAAAAAGUCUAAUAAACUGGUUUUUUUUUCACAA